AUGGUGAGGGAAUGGAGCAGUUCCUACUAUUGUCCACACUUUGCCACAGUGAACACGGAAGCGGGGGAGGUGGUGGGGGUGGUGGUGGUGGUGGGGGAGAACAUUAAGAAACCUUCCCAGGCAUCUGGGGUUCCCAGUGCUGGGGUGGUUCCGGAGGCUGGUCAGGCCCGGAGGUGCCUGGUUCGCUCCAGCGGGGCGGCGGUGCCUGAGGUAGUUUCUGUGCUGCGCUCCCCCUCCUCCGCCCACUCAUCACCCCCUCCCGCGUUGCCACGACAACGCGUAAAACUAAAAUUCACUUCCCCAUCGCAGAAGUGCCUGCGCCUGGACCCGGACGCGCCCGUGUGGGCCUCCAAGCAGCGCGUGCUGUGCACCCUCAACCACAGCCUGCAGGACGCGCUCAACUACGGGCUGUUCCAGCCGCCCUCCCAGGGCCGCGCCGGCAAGUUCCUGGACGAGGAGCGGCUCCUGCGGGAGUACCCGCCCAAUCUGGACACGCCCCUGCCCUACCUGGAGUUUCGAUACAAGCGACGUGUUUAUGCCCAGAACCUCAUUGAUGAUAAGCAGUUUGCAAAGCUUCACACAAAGGCAAACCUGAAGAAAUUCAUGGACUAUGUCCAGCUCCGUAGCACAGACAAGGUGGCUCGCCUGCUGGACAAGGGGCUGGACCCCAACUUCCACGACCCUGACUCAGGAGAGUGCCCCCUGAGCCUUGCUGCCCAGCUGGACAACUCCACGGACCUGCUGAAGGUGCUGAAAAAUGGCGGUGCCCACCUGGACUUUCGCACCCGGGACGGGCUGACGGCCGUGCACUGUGCCGCACGACAGCGGAACGCGGCGGCCCUGACGACCCUGCUGGACCUGGGGGCGUCUCCUGACUACAAGGAUAGCCGUGGCCUGACGCCUCUGUACCACAGUGCCCUGGGGGGCGGGGAUGCCCUCUGCUGUGAGCUGCUCCUCCACGACCAUGCCCAGCUGGGGGCCACCGAUGAGAACGGCUGGCAGGAGAUCCACCAGGCCUGCCGCUUUGGCCACGUCCAGCACCUGGAGCACCUGUUGUUCUAUGGAGCCGACAUGGGGGCUCAGAACGCCUCGGGGAACACAGCCCUGCACAUCUGCGCCCUCUACAAUCAGGAGAGCUGUGCCCGCGUCCUCCUCUUCCGUGGUGCCAACAAAGAUGUUCGCAAUUACAACAGCCAGACAGCCUUCCAGGUCGCCAUCAUUGCUGGGAACUUUGAGCUCGCCGAGGUCAUCAAGACCCACAAAGACUCUGAUGUUGUACCAUUCAGGGAGACCCCCAGCUAUGCGAAGCGGCGGCGGCUGGCCGGCCCCAGCGGCCUGACAUCCCCACGACCUCUGCAGCGCUCAGCCAGUGACAUCAACCUGAAGGGAGAGGGGCAGCCAGCAACCUCCCCUGGGCCCUCUCUGCGAAGCCUCCCCCACCAGCUCCUGCUCCAGCGGCUGCAGGAGGAGAAAGACCGGGACCGGGGUGCUGAGCAGAAGGACGUCGGGGGCCACGCGGUGGCCAAGGGGAGCCAGACCACCAUCAGAGCCUGCCAGGAGCAGGCAGCCCAUCAUCCCAGGGAGUAUGGGUUAGUAGGGUCCGAUGAAUGGGUAGCUCAGGUGUUCGGAAGGGAUCAGCGGCCAGAGGAGGGAAGUUACAGCGCCGUCCCCGGCCGCAAGUUCAUCGCGGUGAAGGCGCACACCCCGCAGGGCGAGGGCGAGAUCCCGCUGCACCGCGGCGAGGCCGUGAAGGUGCUCAGCAUCGGGGAGGGCGGUUUCUGGGAGGGGACCGUGAAAGGCCGCACGGGCUGGUUCCCGGCUGACUGCGUGGAGGAGGUGCAGAUGAGGCAGUAUGACACGCGGCACGAAACGCGGGAGGAUCGGACCAAGCGGCUUUUCCGUCACUACACGGUGGGCUCCUAUGACAGCCUCACGUCGCACAGUGAUUAUGUCAUCGAGGACAAGGUGGCUGUGCUGCAGAAACGGGACCAUGAGGGCUUCGGUUUUGUCCUCCGAGGGGCCAAAGCGGAGACCCCCAUCGAGGAGUUCACGCCCACACCUGCCUUCCCUGCGCUGCAGUACCUGGAGUCGGUGGAUGUGGAGGGCGUGGCCUGGAGAGCCGGGCUGCGCACUGGAGACUUUCUUAUUGAGGUGAACGGCGUGAACGUGGUGAAGGUGGGCCACAAGCAGGUGGUAGCCCUGAUCCGUCAGGGUGGGAACCGCCUUGUCAUGAAGGUCGUGUCAGUGACCAGGAAGCCUGAAGAAGACGGGGCUCGUCGACGAGCCCCGCCUCCUCCCAAGAGGGCCCCCAGCACUACACUGACGCUCCGCUCCAAGUCCAUGACGGCGGAACUGGAGGAGCUCGCCUCAAUUCGGAGAAGGAAAGGGGAGAAGCUGGAUGAGAUCCUGGCGGCGGCCGCAGAGCCAACCCUGAGGCCUGACAUCGCGGACGCCGACUCAAGAGCAGCGACCGUCAAGCAGCGGCCCACCAGCCGCAGGAUCACGCCGGCCGAGAUCAGCUCGUUGUUUGAACGCCAGGGCCUCCCGGGCCCAGAGAAGCUGCCCGGCUCACUGCGGAAGGGGCUUCCACGGACCAAGUCUGUAGGGGAGGACGAGAAGCUGGCGUCCCUACUGGAGGGGCGCUUCCCGCGCAGCACGUCUAUGCAGGACACGGUUCGCGAGGGCCGCGGUAUCCCGCCGCCGCCGCAGACCGCGCCGCCGCCCCCGCCCGGUCCCUAUUACUAUGACUCCGGGCCGCCGCCCGCCUUCUCGCCUGCCACCCCGCCCGAGCGCCUGAAGCGCCGCCCGCGGCCGCCGGGCCCCGACAGCCCUUACGCCAACCUGGGCGCCUUCAGCGCCAGCCUCUUUGCGCCGUCCAAGCCGCAGCGCCGUAAGAGCCCGCUGGUGAAGCAGCUGCAGGUGGAAGACGCGCAGGAGCGCGCGGCGCUGGCGUUCAGCGGCACCGGCGGUCCUGGAAGCGGCAGCUUCGCCCGCGAUCCCUCCCCGACCCACCGCGGGCCCCGACCCGGCAGCCUCGACUACAGCCCCGGCGACGGCCCUGGCCUGGCGUUCGGCGGCCCGGGCCCAGCCAAGGACCGGAGGCUGGAGGAACGGCGCCGCUCCACCGUCUUCCUGUCGGUGGGCGCCAUCGAGGGCAGUCCCCCGAGCGGCGACCUGCCCUCGCUGCAGCCCUCCCGCUCUAUCGACGAGCGCGUCCUGGGCGCAGGAGCUGCCCCUGGCCGCGACCUGCUGCUGCCCUCUCCCGUGUCCGCACUGAAGCCAUUGGUCAGCGGCCCCAGCAUCGGGCCCUCUGGCUCCACCUUCAUCCACCCGCUCACCGGCAAGCCACUAGACCCCAGCUCGCCUCUUGCUCUUGCCCUGGCCGCCCGCGAGCGGGCCCUGGCCUCCCAGGCACCCUCCCGGUCCCCCACACCUGUGCACAGCCCCGAUGCCGACCGCCCUGGGCCGCUGUUUGUUGAUGUCCAGUCCCGAGAUUCGGAACGAGGGGCCUUGGCCUCGCCAGUCUUCUCUCCGAGGAGCCCGGCCUGGGUUCCCGUGCCCGCACGCAGGGAGCCCGAGAAGGCCCCCCGGGAGGAUCGGAAGUCACCUGAGGACAAGAAGUCCAUGAUCCUCAGUGUUCUGGACACGUCCCUACAGCGCCCGGCAGGCCUCAUCGUUGUGCAUGCCACCAGCAACGGGCAGGAGCCUGGCGAGCUGGGGGCCGAAGAGGAGCACCCGGGCUCCCCGGAGCUGGCCCCGGCCCCCAUGCAGUCAGCAGCCGCAGUGGCAGAGCCCCUGCCCAGCCCGCGGGCGCAGCCCCCCAGCAGCACCCCGGCUGACCCCGGGACAGGCCAGGGCAGCUCAGAGGAAGAGCCCGAGCUGGUGUUUGCUGUGAACCUACCACCGGCCCAGCUGUCCUCCAGUGACGAGGAGACCCGGGAGGAGCUUGCCCGCAUUGGGCUGGUGCCGCCCCCCGAAGAGUUUGCCAAUGGGGUCCUGCUGGCCACCCCGCUCCCUGGCCCAGGCCCCUUGCCCACCGCGGGGCCUGGCCCGGCCCCAGGGAAGCCAGGCAGUGAGCCUCCCCCGGCCCCUGAGUCCGCGGCCGACUCCGGCGUGGAGGAGGCCGACACACGAAGCUCCAGCGACCCCCACCUGGAGACCACGAGCACCAUCUCCACCGUGUCCAGUAUGUCCACCCUGAGCUCGGAGAGCGGGGAGCUCACCGACACACACACUUCCUUCGCUGACGGACACACUUUUCUACUCGAGAAGCCACCAGUGCCUCCCAAGCCCAAGCUCAAGUCCCCGCUGGGGAAGGGGCCGGUGACCUUCAGGGACCCGCUGCUGAAGCAGUCCUCUGACAGCGAGCUAAUGGCCCAGCAGCACCAUGCCGCCUCUGCGGGGCUGGCCUCUGCCGCCGGGCCUGCCCGCCCUCGCUACCUCUUCCAGAGAAGGUCCAAGCUGUGGGGGGACCCCGUGGAGAGCCGGGGGCUCCCUGGGCCCGAAGACGACAAGCCAACUGUGAUCAGUGAGCUCAGCUCUCGCCUUCAGCAGCUGAACAAGGACACGCGAUCCCUGGGGGAAGAGCCGGUCGGCGGCCUGGGUGGCCUGCUGGACCCUGCCAAGAAGUCGCCCAUUGCGGCAGCUCGGCUCUUCAGCAGCCUCGGUGAGCUGAGCUCCAUUUCAGCGCAGCGCAGCCCCGGGGGCCCGGGCGGCGGGGCCUCCUACACGGUGCGGCCUGGCAGCCGCUACCCGGUGGCGCGGCGCACCCCGAGCCCGGUGAAGCCCGCGUCGCUGGAGCGGGUGGAGGGGCUAGGGGCGGGCGCGGGGGGCGCUGGGCGGCCCUUUGGCCUCACGCCCCCCACCAUCCUCAAGUCGUCCAGCCUCUCCAUCCCGCACGAGCCCAAGGAGGUGCGCUUCGUGGUGCGCAGCGUGAGCGCGCGCAGCCGCUCGCCCUCGCCCUCGCCGCUGCCCUCGCCUGCGCCCGUCUCCAGCGCCCCCGGCCCACGGCGGCCCUUCCAGCAGAAGCCGCUGCAACUCUGGAGCAAGUUCGACGUGGGCGACUGGCUGGAGAGCAUCCACUUGGGCGAGCACCGCGACCGCUUCGAGGACCACGAGAUCGAGGGUGCGCAUCUGCCGGCGCUCACCAAGGACGACUUCGUGGAGCUGGGCGUCACGCGCGUGGGCCACCGCAUGAACAUCGAGCGCGCGCUCAAACAGCUGGACGGCAGCUGA